GCUCCCGGGGGAGGGACCGCGGCUGACUCAGCCUUCCCCCCCCUUCCCUCUCCCCGCGGACAUAAAGGGCCCCGCCGGCAGUCGGGCUGCAGACAGCGGUGCCCGGCUGAGCUGCGCGCCACUCGCAGAAGCGGAGAGCAGAGAAGGAGAGACCCUGGCCCGCCUCGCCUCCGCAGCCAUGGGCGCCCCCGGCCCGGCCCUCCUGCUCCUCCUGGCGCUCCUGCCGCCGCCCUUCGCCCGGGCCGCCCCCCGGGAAGGGAAGGGCCCCGUGGUCAUCCACUUCCCCGGGGACGCGGUCGGCGGCAUGACGGACCGGGAGGUCGCCGCCCGCUACCUCCAGCGUUACGGGUACUUGACGGCCACCAACCCCGGCGGGCAGGUGAAGCUGGAGACCCCCCUCAGGGCGAUGCAGAAGCGGCUGGGCUUGCCGGAAACAGGGGAACUGGACGCCCCCACUCUGGAGGCCAUGCGGGCGCCCCGCUGCGGAGUCCCGGACGUCGGGCACUUCCAGACGUUCCAGGGCGACCUCAAGUGGGACCACACAGACCUCACCUACCGGGUGGUCAACUACUCCCCCGACCUGGACCGCGCGGUCAUCGAAGACGCCUUUGCCAGAGCCUUCAAGGUGUGGAGCCAGGUGGCGCCCCUCACCUUCACCCGCCAGGAGGAAGGGGAGGUGGACAUUCUCAUCCAGUUUGGGACCGGAGAGCACGGUGACGGCUACCCUUUUGAUGGCAAGGAUGGGCUUCUCGCCCACGCCUUCCCUCCUGGCAAAGACCGGUUCAGCGGGGAUGCCCAUUUUGACGACGACGAGUUCUGGACGCUGGGCACAGGCCUCGUGGUGAAGACCUACUAUGGGAAUGCCAACGGGUCCGCCUGCCGCUUCCCCUUCACCUUUGAGGGCAAAAGCUACUCUUCCUGCACGACCGAAGGGCGAGAGGACGGGCUGCCUUGGUGUGCCACCACCGCCAACUUUGACCGUGACAAGAAAUACGGCUUCUGCCCCAGCGAACUCCUCUUCACCUACGACGGGAACAGCAAUGGGGACAAGUGCGUUUUCCCCUUUGUCUUCGACGGAAAAUCCUACCAGGGCUGCACCACUGAUGGGCGCACGGAUGGCUACCGCUGGUGCGCGACCACCGCCAACUUUGACCAGGACAAGAAAUACGGCUUCUGCCCGAAUAGAGACACGGCCGUGAUUGGAGGGAACUCCCAAGGCGACCCCUGCUCCUUCCCCUUCAAGUUCCUGGGCCAGACGUACAGCAGCUGCACCUCCGAGGGACGCAGCGACGGGAAGCUCUGGUGCGCCACCACCGCCGACUACGAUGCAGACAAGAAGUGGGGCCUUUGCCCUGACCAAGGUUACAGCCUCUUCCUGGUUGCGGCACACGAGUUCGGACACGCGCUGGGCCUGGAGCACUCCAGCGUCCGGGAAGCCCUGAUGUACCCCAUGUACACCUACCUGGCCGACUUCCAGCUGCAUUCGGACGACGUGGCCGGAAUCCAGUAUCUCUAUGGUCGAGGAUCAGGCCCUCAGCCCACGGUGCCCAGCCCCCCUACUCAGGCCCCCACAGAAGCUGGGGACGACGAUGGCUCUUCCGUGACGGAGACCCCCGCGGUGGACGGCCAGAGCAGUGCCUGCCGAGUGGAGCGCUUUGAUGCGGUGGGCGAGAUCCAGAAGCUGCUGCACUUCUUCAAGGACGGGCAAUACUGGCGAAAGUCGGGCACUGGAGCUGGACCCCUCCAGGGCCCCCUGCGGAUCCAGAGCACCUGGCCGGCCCUCCCAGACGUGAUUGACGCGGCUUUCCAGGACCCUCUGACCAAGAAGCUCUUCUUCUUCUCAGGCCAGCGCUUCUGGGUGUACCAGGGGACGCGGGUGGUCGGCCCUCGGAGCCUGGACAAGCUGGGCAUCGGGAGUGACGUGGCCAAGAUUGCGGGCAGCCUGACCCGGAGGCAGGGCAGGGUCCUGCUCUUCAGCGGGGAUCAGUUCUGGAGGCUGGAUGUGAAGAAGGAGCAGGUGGACAAGGGGUUUCCCCGCUACCUGGACAGCCUCUUUCCCGGGGUCCCCAUCGAUGCUGACCUGGUCUUCCAGUACAAGGGCCGGUUCCACUUCUGCCGCCACCCCUUCUGCUGGCAAAUGACCCCCCGGUAUCAGGUGAACCGGGUGGGCUACUUCAAGCAGGACGUCCUGAAGUGCCCUGAACAAUGAGGCCGGCUGAGCCCCCCCUCACCGCCCCCCCUGCUUCGAAAUGCCUCUGGACGUGGGGCCAUCGCUGCGCAGCUUUGACCCCUCCCUGGCUGGCCAGUUAAUGGGUGCUGCCUCUCUGCUUGGAGGGCCGAAUGCUGCCCGGGGCCCCACCGCCUGCAGGAGACUUGCCAGGGGCAGGAAGGGGGUCAAUUCUCUCCUGCCCCGGCCCUGACCCACUGAAUGGAGUGGGAGCUCCGUCCACCAGCACUUCCCCAGCUAGGCCUUCCAUCCUCUGCUCAGGAAGCAGCCGAGAGAGAAGCCCGUGGAAUCCUUCAGGGAGACUUCAUGGGGGGGGGCUGCUCUUUGCCGCUUUGGAACUAAUCACCCAUGGUUGGAAGGGAGGGGGGCUCUCGUCUGCCCCCCCUUGUCCUGGAAUCCAAAGCAGGCUCUGCCUUUCUAAGAGCUGCUUCACGCUGGGAGAAUUUGGAUACUGGUUUUAAGGGAAAGAGAGCGUUGGAAGGGACCUUGGAGGUCUUCUAGCCCAACCCCCUGCUCAAAUUGCCCUUGGCUGAAAUUACUUUAACUGCUCCCUCCCCGUAUCGUGUGGAGGUUUAACUAAGGUGACUAACUUUUUUACAAUGAAAAGGAGGACACAAAUAAAUCGAAGAGAAAAAUAUCGUAAAUAAAAGAAACAUUUUAUUCAUUGCAACAAUAAUACAGAAUACAUUAUAAUAUGAUAAAUGCAUAAUAAAAACCAUUUGUAACAAUAACAUUUUAUAUUGUAAUUAUGUUUAACAUGCCGCGCCCCUGCC